AUGGGGAAUAUAACCAGGAAAAGCAGCAGAGACCUGGUGGUUGACAGUCCCAAGUCCCUGGAAGAUGGCUCAUCCGUAGCCCUUCACUUGAAAAUCUAUGAAGCCAUUAUGGGCGAAGACUGCACUACCAUUGAGGCACUGUUGAGAAAUCACCCCGUCAACCAGCCCAUCACCAUUCUGCCCGACUCCACCAGCAACAGAUUAUUUCUGAGCCAGCAUGCAGAGUCUAUCAUCCCCAUCCAUCUGGCUGCCGAGCACCACAAGGCCCGGAGUUUGCGCUGCCUCCUACGGCAUGGCGCUGACCCGGAAGUCAGGGACAACAGGGGCCUCACCACACUCAACUUACUGCUACUGCACUGGCCGGUCACUUCCACCUCGUGGGCAAAACCAGGCAACAGAAUCCAAAGGUUCCUGACAGACAUUCAGAAUAACGCCAUCACGUGUCUCCGCACCUUGUGUGAGCAUGGAGCUCAAGUUAACGCUCGGGUGGAAAUCAGCAACAAUCAAUCACCACUCCACUUGGCCAUCACAUAUGGUUAUGAUCAAGUUCUCUCCAUUUUGGCCCAAAAUGGUGCCGAUGUCAAUGCUAUUAAUGAAGUCAGCAUGACACCCCUUCACAUGGCCGCAGACAUGCUGAAUAAGGAGAUGAUGGAAACACUCAUUGCCUAUGGAGCAAACGUCAAUUGUGCUGUCUCUUCCACGGGGAACACGGCCCUGAAGCUGGCAGUGCGCACUGCGUCAAGCAAAGCAGGCCGACUACUCGGGGCGGGGAUCAGCUGCAUCCGUCUGCUACUCACUCAUGGAGCCAAAGUCAACGCCCAGGACUACAAAGGCCAAACAGCCAUCCAUGAGGCAUGCUUUGGAGGCAGAGAGCCAAUAAUUGAUCUUUUGCUUGAAUUUGAAGCAAAUAUUAAUAUUUUAACAAAAAACGGGGAAUCUCCAAUUUACAUGUACCUUCAGCGCAGUUUCAAUAUAAGACACACAGCACUUCUGUCCAGGCUUCUUAAUCGCACUUAUCCUCUGAGAAUGACCAAUAACCAAGGAAUUCUACCUGCAGGAAUCAUGCUACCAGAAUUUCGCCUCUUAAGGGACACCCUAAUAAAGCAAUCGCAAAAACCUUUAUUCCUACAGGAUAUCUGCAAAAGAAACAUCCGGAAUAUUUAUGGUGAGAAAUACAAACAACACUUGAAGCAACUUCUCCCAGUGAAGAUAUGGAAUUCUGUCUACUCUUGGUACGACUCAGUGUACCUCUCAAAAUCAGACCUCCAAUUUCACAGCAGCAGGGAAUCUCAGUCACUCAAACUGCAUUUUCUGGCUAGACAUGUACCAGAAAAUGCUUAACCUAUCACCCUUUACAUCCCAAAUGUACACACUACUGGUUCCUAAACAUUUUCCAAAACAUAAAGUGAUUUGCCUAUUAACAUUUUUGUUCCUAGGUGGUUUUUUUUUCCCCUCUAACCUGUGUCAAAGGAGUUCCUAAGUUUUUUUUUUCAUGCCCAUGACUUAACUUCUGGCUGGACAGUAAGCAAAUUAAUUUAAACCUCUUCAGCCAAAGAAACAAAUAUAUUUUCUCUCUUUCUUGAUAGUCUUUUGUAGAUAAAAAUCAAAUAGUCAUUAUAUACUUUUUUUUAAACAGCAAAAACAAAAAUCUCAUUUUGUUAAGCUUUAACAUGAACAAUUACAGAAAUAGAGUUUGUCUCUAAGACUGAAAAAACAAAUGAGCAUUUCUGCUAACACUAAGUACCUUUAGCACCACUGAUUAUGAGUACUCAGAGCACACUUAGUACCUGAAAAAAAGUACUCAACAGAGGAUUUUCAAAUGUUCAAAAAUUACUGCUUUAAAUUCAACUUACUGCUUUAAAUUCAAGUGCAGUGGCUCACACCUGUAACCCCAGCACUUUGGGAGGUUGGGAUGGGAGGAUCACUUGAGACCAGGAACUCAAGACCAGCCUGGGCAACAUAGCCAAACUCCAUCUUUA